AUUUGUUUGGUGUGAUGACGGUGGUGGCGCGUGGUCGCUCGUGUGCUGAAAUAUUCCGAUUCCUCCUUUCCUUUGGACCAGUUGCCUCAGAAUGAGUGUUGCCGAACUACUGCAUUCCAACUUAUGCCUACUGGGGUAUGAGAAAGAAGCAUCAGGCUCCAAAGUUCUGCUUUCUGAUGAGACGUUCGAGCACGCCAACGAGCGCGCCUUCCAGUCGGUGGUGCACUUCCUGUUGCGCGCGCUGGACGAGGAGCGCUGCCGACAGACAUUCCGCCACUGCUGGCCGGUGCACGACAAACGCCAGAGCUCGGUGUACCGCCAGGCGGUGGUCGCCUGGCUCAAGGAGAUCAAGCAGAAUGAUCCAGAUGCCGCCAGCAUGCCCGUGAUAAACCCAGCACUGUUCCUGUCGCCUGGUGGCCGCAAGUUCAAGGACCUGCUGCUCGCGCUAACACAGUUUGUGAUGCUGAAGACAUUGAGGGAGCUAGAUCGGGAGCUGCCGGGCAGUGAAAUCCUGCUGGAGCGCGGCAGCGGCGACAUCCAGUACGGGGCGCUGCGGGCCUCCUGUGCCCUCAGCAAGCAGCGCUUCGUCCAGCUUCAGAAGCGCAAGCUGAUCUCUCACAGUCACCACCAGCGGUUCGCCGACUCGUUCUCGACGUCGUACCGGCGGCUGCGCCAGAGCGCGGUCAGCCUGACGCAGGAGCUGGGCCGGCUGGUGGGCGUGUCGGGCGUGCCGGCCGAGCUCACGCACCGCCUGCUGCAGGAGGAGGCGGAUCAGGUGGUGCCCGCCGUGUACGCCGCGGCUCGGCAGCACCUGGCGGCGCUGGAGGCCGGUCUGGAGCGGCUGCGCCAGUUCUGCCGCGAAGCCGCCUUCAGCUGGAGCGUGGUCGACUCGAUCGUGUCGGGAGCCGUCGCUGACUCGGUGGUGGACGCGCACACGCUGGUCCCGCUACCGCCGGCAGACGCAGCUCAGGGUCCGUCAGAGCUGUUGCUGGACGGCAAGCUGGACCUGGUGGCGUUCUUCGAGACGUUCGUGAAGCGGGUAGACCAGCUUCAGCUGUUCCUUACGCAGUGCCCCAUUGCUGAGCUGAAAAGUCUGCACGGCUCGCUGCCUCCGCUGGUGCGCGAGGCGUCCCAGAUGGCGCGUGAGGCCGGCCGGCUGGUCGCCGACGUGCAGGCCGAGACGGACGCGGCGCAG